UGGACAAAACACCAUUCCAUUAUUGCAUUUAGAUUUCUCCAUUCCUUUUAUUUAUUAGCAGUAGUUUGUAGUGAAUUAGUGGAUGGUUUAUUGGCUAGUUUUAUAAUUGGCAUUAGUGAAAAUGGGUGGUUGUGCAACGAAAGAAAACAAGGAAAACAAACCGGCGGAUGAAGCCGACGGAAAAGCCGCAGCAAUGGUGGACACCGCAACCAUCGAGAAGUUGGAGGCUGGCUUCAGCAAGCUCCAGGCCUCCGACUCAAAGUCGCUGCUGAAGAAGUACCUCACCAAGGAGGUCUUCGAAGCUCUUAAGAACAAGAAGACCUCUUUCGGCUCCACGCUAUUGGAUGUCAUCCAGUCUGGUGUGGAGAAUUUGGACUCUGGUGUUGGAAUCUACGCCCCCGAUGCUGAGGCAUACACAGUCUUCGCUGAACUGUUUGACCCCAUCAUCGAGGACUACCACAAUGGUUUCAAGAAAACUGACAAGCACCCCGCCAAGAACUGGGGUGAUGUCGAGACCCUCGGAAACCUGGACCCUGCUGGCGAGUUUGUUGUGUCCACCCGUGUCCGUUGCGGCCGUUCCAUGGAGGGUUACCCCUUCAACCCCUGCUUGACUGAGGCCCAGUACAAAGAGAUGGAAGAGAAAGUCUCCUCCACCCUCUCCGGCCUCGAGGGAGAACUCAAGGGCACCUUCUACCCCCUGACCGGUAUGUCCAAGGAGACCCAGCAACAGCUCAUCGAUGACCACUUCCUCUUCAAGGAGGGUGACCGUUUCCUCCAGGCCGCCAACGCCUGCCGCUUCUGGCCCACCGGCCGUGGCAUCUACCACAACGAGAACAAGACCUUCCUGGUCUGGUGCAACGAGGAGGACCAUCUCCGCCUCAUCUCCAUGCAGAUGGGUGGUGACCUGAAGCAGGUCUACAAGAGGCUGGUGACCGCCGUAAACGACAUCGAGAAGAGGGUUCCGUUCUCACACAAUGACCGCCUCGGUUUCCUGACCUUCUGCCCCACCAACUUGGGCACGACCGUGAGGGCCUCGGUGCACAUCAAGCUGCCCAAGCUGGCGGCCGACAAGGCCAAGCUGGAGGAGGUGGCGUCCAAGUACCACCUGCAGGUGCGCGGCACCCGCGGCGAGCACACGGAGGCCGAGGGCGGCGUGUACGACAUCUCCAACAAGCGCCGCAUGGGCCUGACCGAGUACGAGGCCGUCAAGGAGAUGUACGACGGCAUCGCCGAGCUCAUCAACAUUGAGAAGAGCCUGUAAGAAGUUCCGAUCUCGCUAUCAGUAUUUUUUGUAUUAUUUUAUCGUUUUCAUUGAAGGAAGGGGUCGCGGCAACACGAGACUAGUCAGCGGAGCCCCGCGCGGGCGCCUGGGCGCGCUCCCGGACCCGUAUACUGUUUGUAAAAGUAUUUUCUAUAAGGAAAUGGAAAAUAAAGACAGCUAGCAUUAAGGCCAA